CUUUAGCGGGUGACGCCGCCGCGGGCCCGGGCAACCAGCACUUACACGCACUCCCGCGCGCGCCACCUUGCUACCCACUCCUGCACCCGGGUCCGAAGAUGGCGGCUCUUAAACUCUUGUCCUCCGGGCUUCGGCUCUGCGCCUCCGCCCGCAACUCGCGGGGCGCCCUGCACAAGGGGUGUGCCUGCUACUUUUCCGUCAGUACUCGUCACCACACCAAAUUUUACACAGAUCCCGUGGAAGCUGUAAAAGAUAUUCCUAAUGGUGCAACCUUGCUGGUUGGUGGUUUCGGGUUGUGUGGUAUUCCAGAGAAUCUCAUAGGAGCUUUGCUGAAGACCGGAGUGAAGGAUCUAACUGCAGUCAGCAACAAUGCAGGGGUUGACAACUUCGGCCUGGGCCUUUUACUUCGAUCUAAGCAGAUAAAACGCAUGAUCUCCUCAUAUGUGGGAGAAAACGCAGAGUUUGAGCGACAGUUCUUAUCGGGUGAACUAGAAGUAGAGCUGACACCUCAGGGCACUCUUGCAGAGAGGAUCCGUGCAGGUGGGGCUGGCGUCCCUGCCUUCUACACCAGCACAGGGUAUGGGACCCUGGUGCAAGAGGGAGGAUCACCCAUCAAAUAUAACAAAGAUGGCAGUGUUGCCAUUGCCAGCAAGCCACGAGAGGUGAGGGAGUUCCGCGGUCAGCACUUUAUUUUGGAGGAAGCCAUCACGGGAGACUUUGCUUUGGUGAAGGCCUGGAAAGCAGACCGGGCAGGAAAUGUGAUUUUCAGGAAAAGUGCAAGAAACUUCAAUUUGCCAAUGUGCAAAGCUGCAGGAACCACAGUGGUGGAGGUUGAAGAAAUUGUAGACAUUGGCUCGUUUGCUCCAGAAGAUAUCCACAUUCCCAAGAUUUAUGUGCACCGCCUUAUAAAGGGAGAGAAAUAUGAGAAGAGAAUCGAGCGUUUAUCACUGCGAAAGGAAGGUGAAGGAAAAGCCAAGUCUGGUAAGCCCGGAGAAGACGUCAGGGAGCGGAUCAUCAAGAGAGCCGCUCUUGAGUUUGAGGAUGGCAUGUAUGCUAACCUGGGUAUAGGGAUACCUCUUCUGGCCAGCAACUUUAUCAGCCCAAACAUGACUGUUCAUCUCCAAAGUGAAAAUGGAGUCUUGGGCUUGGGCCCAUACCCACUAAAAGACGAAGCUGAUGCUGACCUCAUCAAUGCAGGAAAGGAAACGGUUACUGUUCUCCCAGGAGCCUCUUUCUUCUCCAGCGAUGAAUCAUUCGCCAUGAUUAGAGGGGGACACGUCAAUCUAACGAUGUUAGGAGCCAUGCAGGUUUCUAAAUAUGGUGACUUGGCCAACUGGAUGAUACCUGGGAAAAUGGUGAAAGGAAUGGGAGGAGCUAUGGAUUUAGUGUCCAGUUCCAAAACCAAAGUGGUGGUCACCAUGGAACACUCCGCAAAGGGGAAUGCGCAUAAAAUCAUGGAGAAGUGUACACUACCACUGACAGGAAAGCAGUGCGUCAACCGCAUCAUUACAGAAAAGGGUGUGUUUGACGUGGACAAGAAAAACGGGUUGACAUUGAUCGAGCUUUGGGAAGGCCUGACUGUUGAUGACAUCAGGAAGAGCACAGGCUGUGACUUUGCAGUUUCACCAAACCUCAUGCCAAUGCAGCAGAUCUCAACUUGAAGUGUCAAUUGGACAUUUGCCCCAGGCUGCUAAGAUUUCAUUUUCAACAAAUAGGAUUUAAUUGAAAGGAUGUCAGUAAUCAACAGUUACACAUUUAACAAGACGUUUCGACUAGUUUUCUUCUAGUAUUUCUGGAUUUGUGCAGCCAUAGACUUUGCUCUCUCCAGUGUGAUGUAUCAGUUCCAUGAAAAACAAAAGGAAAACGUUUCAUUGUGGUCUUGCUUCAUGAGUGCUAAGAAGGUUGUCUUUGUCAUUGGUGCUCACAGUGGAUAAAUGUUCAUCUUUUUUGCUGUAUAUAUUAAACAUGACUUAGCAGCCGUGAAGGAAAAUUUUCAUGUGCAUUUGUGAUUAGGUAGAAUACUUUUUUUGAUGACUAUGUAUUUUUAUCUUCCUCUGUUUUUGAGAAAUGCUGGUUAUGCUUGCCUCCUUAGAACAUUCACCUUCCCCACACACUUCUUAUAGAUACCUGAGACGGCAAACAGGAGCAUCCCUGAGAAAAGUAAUCAGAAGAAAGAACAGGGCAUAGGCUCUACCAGUGCUGGCAUCCCACCAAAUAUUGCCUUUAAAGACAACCAACCAUCUACCUAUGUGUGAAAACAGCUGAAGCUAAGGAUGGGAAGAGGAUGGGAAACCUACUGACAUACUUACCUAGUUCUCCUAUUAUAAAAGGGUGUGCUAUAUCUUUGUAUUCUGAAGACUCUGUUUCUGCAUUGAGCUCCAGUGUUUACUUAAUACAACAUCUCUUGAGCAAAAAAGAACCAUGGGCAAUUCAUCAUGGGUCUUCAAUCUUGAAUGACAGUAGUACUUAAAAAGAUGAUAUUCCAAGAGAUCCCCCUUUUAGGAUCUCCAUUCUGCUCAGCAAAGAUUGUAAACACUUUUUCUACACUACAAUGGGUAUUCUGCAUAGGCUAGUUCUCUUAACAAAGUGCUAUUACUUUAGCCUUAUCUGUGCUGGGAAUGAUGGGAAAGGCUCAGAUCGGAGUAGUCAGUUAGCAGGCUUUGUGUGACAGAGUAAACACAGUAGCUUGUGUUUAUCAGCGAUGCUUCCUCAGAAGUGGCCACAAUAUAGACAGUUGCCAGGGGCCAUCACUCCAGAAGCACCCUUUGUAUCAGAUGUCUGAAAGCCUAGGUGUCCUGAAGCUAGACUGGACAGCUGGUGUCUAUACAGUGAAACAUAUUGUCCUUCUGGCACUAAUUAUAGGAAUUUAUGCACGUCUUAGGUGAUGGUUGUCACUGGAACUCACUCUUCAAGUAUAGCCACAGUUGACCUAUACAUGAUGUGAAAGGAAGAUAAGCUCUUCCUCCAUAGUACACUCUAUGUAGGACUGCUUUUUCUGGAUGGCCACAGGGUUGAAAGCAUCCUCUGCCAGUGUUGGUAAGAAGAACCCAUCUUAGAAGGUCCAAGGCCCAUGAGAGUACAUAUGUCUAUGUUAGAGUGCACAGUUGAAAAACGUUCCUAUUGUUGGUAUGGAUAUGUCUUCACAUGCACUUGCUUAUCAUUCCAGUCUGUUACUUUAAGACAAGGAGGUUCUUAGAACAUUUUAAACCUCAAAACCUGAAUAGACAACUUAAGAUUCAAAGAGUGUCAUGACAUUUUAAAAAAAAAUGUGUUAAGUGAUACAAUAAAAAUUGCAGAUUGAUAGAGA